CCAAGUUGUUAUUCAGGAGGAAUUAUUCAAUGACAAGUGAAAUGAGGAGAAUGUUUUUGUGAGAAUGAGCUUAGUGCCAGGUGCAUUCAGCCAUGUUCGUUGCAAAAUGCGUAUUGACGGAAUGCAUUAAUAGCUGCAUUUAUCACCAUUACAGUGAAAGUGACCGUGAUAUACAUUCGCACAAGAUCUUCUACUUAUAUGGAGGUUGCGGGAUGAGUGGGCUGCGUCGGCUCCGCGUAACGGAGCUUCAUCCGAACCUCCUCUGCAUUUUAUGUGGAGGAUAUUAUGUAGACGCUACCACCAUCGUCGAGUGCCUCCAUUCCUUUUGCAAGACCUGUAUUGUGCGUUACUUAGAGUCUAGCAAAUUCUGUCCAAUAUGCGAUGUUCAAGUGCACAAGACAAAACCGCUACUCAGCAUCCGACCAGACAAAACGCUUCAAGACAUUGUAUACAAGCUGGUCCCUGGCUUGUACCAGAAUGAAAUGUGUAAGCGGCGAGAUUUCUACUCGUGUCACCCGGAGACACCCCCAGCAACACCGGAAGAUGGAGGAAGUGACAUCGGGAGGUGGUACAUACUGCCGGAUGACCCAGUGUCUCUGGCUUUACAUCCUGCAUCAUCCUCCUCCUCCCCGACGUGUUACAAAAGUCAUGUGAUGCCAGUGACUUCAGUUAACAGUUGCCUCACCACCAGCCUCCAGACAAGAGAUCAGAUAAUUCACCAAGUAAACAAAAAUCUGGCGGAGGGUCAUGUGCGUUACCUCCAAUGCCCAGCUGGAGUUAGUGUCGCUCAGUUGAAGAGAUUACUACGUGCAAAAUUUGGAGUUGGCCCGUCUCAUCCCAUGGCUCUUCUUACUUGUUCAUCAAAUGAUCCACUCCAUGACACCUUAACACUGGUUGAUGUGGCUUACAUCACAUCAUGGCAGAGGACUGAGCCACUACAACUGUUUUACCGAAUAUAUGAAAGAGCCAGCAAGAAGAUCAAGUUGGAUCCGGACAGCUUCAAUUAUGAAUCGAUCAACUUGAAUGAAGAAAUGCCAAAGCUGGAGCCAAGUGUUGGUGGUGAGGUUACUAAUAAUAUGUAUGGAUCCUCAGACUUAACCAAUAGCCUGUCAGACUAUAGUAGUGCUCCUCUUUUACAGGCUGUUGAGGAUUUUGGUUUUGAGUCCCUAGUUAAGAAAGAACCCGCUGUUAAAAAAUCUGUGAUGGAAACGUCAAAAAGUGAAAAUGCAGUGAUUGGGAGACCUUAUGAGGCACCAGGGUAUAAAGAUGUAUUAACUGGAAAACCGAAAGAAACGGCAGAGGAAAAAAUUAAAUCUUGUGCAAAGGAUUCUCAAAUGAUGGAGAAAUGUGAUUCACUUUCUCAAUUGACACAGGGUACCGUUGGUGAUAGUGAUAUGAGCAUGGAUAGUGCCGUAAGUGCAUCUAGUGUAGUGGACACCAUUGUGACAUAUCCUGGAGCUUAUACAACGCCAAGUAAUGGUGUGAGUGUCGGGGUUGCAUUUGUGCCGGGAGAGUUAGGGUAUAUAAGCCCUGCAGGUGUUCCCUGUGCAAUAAUCCCAAGCAGUGGGUGUGUUCCAGUGACUGGGAAUUGUAUUCCUAGUAAUGCAAAUAUUCCUGUUGUGUGUAAGACUGAUGUAAAUAGACAAUUAGAAGGUGAUGGGGAAGCAAGUGUUAUAAAGAAGUGGAAUACAACCAGUCCAGUUAAAGAAGGCCAAAUUGUGAGAGAGAGUACUCAAGUGCCUGCUGAUGUAAAUAUUAAUAGGGAGGGGGGCAGAGGAAGUGAAGAAGAUGAAGGGAAAGAGGUGCAGCUGAAAAUAAGUGAGUCAGGAGUGAUCAGUGUACGUGGUCGGGACACUACUGUAGAGGGGAUGUUGAACUCUAUUGAAUCUGAAGCUUGUGAACUCUUGUCAAAAAUAGAAAGUGGUUCUUUGUGUGAAGAUUUUGUACCCAGGGCUGUGGAAACACUUUCAGAAAAAAAUAGUUUUGAGGUUGGUAGUGGAACAAAGAAAUCCAAGGCAAAAGAUAAAUUGGGUGAAGUGUUACGAAAAUUGGGAGAUGGAAAGGUGAACAAAGAUCAAGUGUUUCAAAAGGGGGAAAAGAUUAAGUCUUCUGAGAUGAAGUCUCUCCCCAUACAGAACCAAAAGUCAGAAAGUUCUGGUUCUAAAGAAACUAAAGGAGCAAGGUCAAAUGUUAAUUCUAAUAUUAACAGUCGUCCAGACAUUGCUUGCAAUGACAAAGCUCUGACUGACAGUAUAGAUAAAGGCCUGGACAGAAGACCUGAUGCAAAAAAACAAGGGGAACUACAGAAUGGUAAGGAGUUGAGAGAUGGAAAUAUUAAGGAUUCUCGGUCCAGUCACAUCCCAGCCAGUCUUACUGCAGCCAGCAUGGCCAAUCUUAAUAAGCCACAUCUUAAGGCUGGCACGUCUAAAAUUCCACACGGGGAAGAUAAUAAAAAUAGAGAACAAAAGUCUAAUAAUGGGCUGAAUUCAAAGAAGGAAGGUAAGCAAGAUUCUGGAGCAAAAUCAUCAUCUGGGAGUGGAUGCAGAAAAUCUUCACAGCCCUAUGGUUACAAAACCCUCAAAACUCCCCCCAAAAGCUGGAAUCCUACAAUAUCACGAGAACAAUUAGCUCUGGUAGCAGGUAAAUCAAUUGGCAAGGGUAACAAAGAGCCCCCACGCACUAACAAGUUUUUCAAAGCUCGCAAUGCUCCACGAUUUUUAGGAAAUCCAUCUGCUGGUGUGAAGCCUAUGUAUUCUGGAACAGGUGACAGCAAUGGAUCCCAGAAGCGUAAUGUUGUUUUCAAACUUGACCCCAAAACGUUGGGUCCCGUAACAGUGCCAGUGAAUAAUGAUGUGAUUCCUCCAACAUGCCCCACUUCUUCGGUCUCAAGUUCAACUUCCUCUGUGUCUUCCGUUCAGGCUACAACUCCAGGGAUGAAUCAGACUGCAUUGUCUGCUUUGGGAUCAUUGUCUUUGCAGUCUGCUAACCAAAAACCCCAGAGCAGUAUGCAGACUUGUACAUCAACUGCUGAGAACCAUGCUGCUUUAUCAAGAGUUGAAGACACCUUAGUAACCAGUACCAAAGCUGCUCUCACAUUGCCUACAUCAUUAUCAAGUGGGAUAAAGGAAAGUACAAAUAAUAGUUCAAAAGUCAUUGGUAAUACUAAUACUUUACAAGACAGUAAAAAUACUCUACAAAAUAAUAAAACUGCAAAGGUUGGAAGAUCUUCAAGCAACAAUAAUAGUAGUACCACCAAUAGAAAUGUAAAAUUACCAAGUGCACAGAUAAGAGGUAGUAAUUCCAAACAUGAAAUUAGCGGGGUAAGUGUCCCGAAGUCGGAAAACAAAACCAACGGUGGAACAGUUGGUCUGGUUGGGAACACCAUGACAAGCCUUGUAGCUAGCAAUCCGCUCAUGAAUCAACUCAAAUUGGCUGCUUCAACAGCCAUGACUACUGGUACCGGUAUCAUUAAGGCAGAUACAGUUAAUUCGCUAACUGUCGCUAACACUGGCCUCCAGCCGCAGCAGCAUCUUACUCUUGGUUCUCCUACAGUUGGUGUUAGUAUAAUUCCUUCAUGUGGGGUAUCCUUUCCUGGGGCCAUUGGUACUCUGCCUUUGCCUUACUAUUCUAAUCCCUCCCUGAGCUAUCCAGCUUACCCUUACUUAUACCAAGGAGCAGAGACCAUUGGCCUUAUACCUUCACAUCCUUCUGCCUCAUAUAUUCCGACAUUCCCUGCGUGUCUCCCACCUCGGUCACCUCUUAGUCCACGUAAUAUAGGAGGGGCAAAGAUGAUGCCCGAAUUACCCUUACAAUCAAGUCUUCUUCCCAUGGUACCUCUGGUGUCUCAGGUUCCUGCCCAAGCAAUGUCUCCAAGACCAAUGACACCACCUUCUCCUAGGACUCCAACAUCAUCUCAGUCUCCAAGGCCCUAUCCAGCACAGUCCCCUCGACAGUCUAACACCAAUCAAUCAAGACCCUUAACACCUCAGUCCCCCAAGCCAGUAAUAUCAGGGCAGUCCUCAAGACCUCAAACUCAGUCUCCAAAAUCCCUAUCUAUUCUCCAGCCAGCAGUCACUCAAUCUCUUAGAUUAAAUAAUACUGGUAUGCUAGUUACACAACCUCAUUGUAUUGCAUUUCCUGGUCAGUCUGAAAAAUUUCAGCCAGUUACCCAGCAAAUGUCUUCAUUCAUACCAUCUAUCCCAGAGUCAUUAGUAACUCCAACUUCCUCAUCUUUUUAUCCACAAAAUUCAUAUUACAAGCAAAAUGCAUGUGUACAAACAUCAGUCUCCCACACUUCAGUCACCCCAAAAUCUGUUUGUAAUACACUGAAUUCAUCAAAGCCUCCUGUGCCUCAGUCUCCAAGAGCUGUCAUCAGUAAUCAGCCUGGGGUGUGCCUCAUGCAAACAGUAGCUACCACCAGCUCACAGUCUAGUACAUCACAUACUCCUCACUCUCCCAAACUGACCUCACCACAGUCGCCUAGGUCCUUGAGCUCUCCCCAGUGUACAGUACCGCAAACACAUGUUAAUAGUAGGCUUUCCUAUUCUAAUUUAUCUCAGUCUAGAUAUCAGGGUAUGUCUUCUCAACAGACAGAAGGAAGAAUAUCAAACAUUAAUAAGAACAAGACAAAAAGUGUAGAGGAAACAGCCAAUAGAGUGGUGGAUAAUGUAACACAUGGUCAGCCAGGUGAGAUUUCCACUUCUUUACCCAGUUCUCUUAUAUCAUCUUCAUUACUACCAGUGUCCCAGGUCAGUUCCCCUCUAUUAACAAGUGGAUUGAAUAUUCCCAUAACCAGUGGUUCUGGGAAUAAAAUGCAUCUCCCUCCUGGAACUCAUGUCUCACUUUCCUCAAACAUCUCUUCACAUUACCCAAACAGUAUUUUAAAUUCUGUACCGGUACCUCUAGCUAAUACAGUAGUUGCUCCAGAAGUGUCAACUGCAGCUAUGUCAUUUUCAAUGUGCACUUCAACGGCCCCUCUCCCUAUUUCUCUGAGUAAUGUGUCUAGUUCCUUACCACUUGUAACUUAUAACACUUCUGCUCCCUCUGUCCCUACCUGUCCUGUGUCAAUUCCACAGGCCUUUUAUCCAGGUAGUUCUACACUUUCUAUAAAUUUACCAUUAAAUACUGUACAUCCUGCCUCACAUCCUUUAAGUAUGACACAGACUUCACAGUCAACAUCCACCGUUAGUGUAACUGCUGGGCACACACCCAAAAGUAGUGCAUCAGUUGUAUCUGUUACAGCCAGCAGUGGUACUGGUGUUGGAUCAGCACCAUGUAGAAAUACAGCUGCUGUAACAUUACCCACUGAAAAUACAUCAUUUUCACCCACUACCCAUAGCAGUAGCAAUGUAACCAUAUCAACAAGUAGUGUUUCUGCUUUGACACAGUCCAGUUGUACUACAGCUGCUGUAAACACUGCAACAGUUGUAACGAAGUCUUCUGCUGUAACAAGUGCUAGAAAUGCACCUCCUUGUAGUACACCUUGUACAUCUGUACCCAUGAUCACGGCAGUUACACCAUUAGUCAGUACCCCUUAUGUACCUUUAAGCAGUACAGCCAGUAUGCCUGUAUCUGUAAAUGAUACAGCAAGCUCACCUGUACCCAUAAGCAGUAUAACAAGUAUGCCUGUACCCUUAGGUAGCAUAGCAAGUACAUCUGUACCCCAAAGCAGUACAUCAUAUUUGACAGUAACCCAAAGUAGUACAGAAAAUAAAACUGUACCCCAAAGUACCACAUUAAGUUUAGGCGAAUCCCUGAGCAGUACAGGAAGUGUAGCUAUACCCCCAGGCAGUACAGCAAAUACAACUGUACCCCAAAGCAAUAUGGUGAGCACAACUGUACCCCAAAGAAGUAUGGCAAGUACAACUGUACCCCAAGGUAACAUGGUGAGUACAACUGUACCCCAAAGCAGUAUAGCGAGUACUGUACCCCAGAGCAGUGUGGCUAGUACAACUGUACCCCAAAGUAGUGUGGCUAGUACAACUGUACCCCAAAACAGUAUAGCGAGUACUGUACCCCACAGUAGUAUAGUGAGUACUGUACCCCAAAGUAGUAUGGCUAGUACAACUGUACCCCAAAGUAGUAUGGCUAGUACAACUGUACCCCAAAGUAUAGUGAGUACUGUACCCCAAAGUAGUAUGGCUAGUACAACUGUACCCCAAAGUAGUAUGGUGAGUACAACUGUACCUCUAAGUAGUACUGCAAAUACCACUGUAUCCAUGACUAAUACAGAAAUUGCAGCUGCCUCCAUUAAAAGUACAGGUGUACCUGUAAGCAAAUCAGCUGGUAAUAUCUUGCCAGUAAGUAGUACAGAAAUAACAACCGUAUCCCCAAGCUGUAAAACUAGUACAACUGUACCCGUAAGCAGUAAGUCUAGUACUAACGUAGCCCUUGGCAGUACAACAGGUACAACCUUACCUGUUGUGACUACACCUGGUAUAUCAGUCCUCCCCAGCAGUACAGUAGGUACAUCCAUAUCGAUCAGCAGCACUGCUGGAAUAGCGAUACCCCUCAGCAGUAAGGCUGUUUUAGCUCGGUCCCAAAACAGUGGAUGUUUUACCCCCUGUGGUACAGCGGGUGGGAACUCGGUGUCGAGUGUGAAGGAGAGAGGUGGCUCUGAGCCACAGUCAAGUGCCUGUACCCCCGUCUGUGAUGUGACGCAUGUGAUUGAUGCCAAACAGCAGUGUGCUGAACCAAGUGUCAGCAGCAGUGGUGGCCCCAGGCCAUGCCUCAAGAGUUAAUGUUGCACAGUUAAGGGCACCAACGUUAUUGGAUGCCAGAGAUAUAUAAGCUUAUAUAAUGCUAUGGUGUACCUUACCUGCCAUUUAUUUUGUAAGUUAUAAAUUCACAAAUAUCCUUUUAUCAGUGUGUUUCAAACACUUCUCAGUCACUUUUAAAGUGCUAGUUAGGGACACUUAAUUUUUCAUCUCCACAGUAUGAUGCCUUCCUUUUUCUUAACCAAGACAAAUUUCAAUAAGGUUGUAUAGGUCAAAUCAUCUUGUUGAUCAUAGAACAGAAUUUCAUGUUUUCUUUUGGUGUUAACAUAGUUGAUUUAUCUUGUCACCUUAGAUUUUGGAAGCAAUUCUCCCUCUCUAGGUACUGUACUGUAGUACUGUCUUCUACUGUUCCUGUGCUCUGCAGGUAAUGACAUGUUGGGCCAAAGUAUUUAAACUUCCUCAUCUUUACUUGAGCAAUGUCGAGCAAGACUAGUUAUAUACAUCUGUUGAACAAAUUUAUUUUUCAAUAGAUUUUUUAUAUAUAUAUAUAUAUAUAUAUAUAUACGUAUAUAUACAGUAUAUAGGAGAGAUUUGUUCUUUUACAAGACAAUACAGAAAACCACUUUUUAACCAGUUUGUUGUAUGCUUUCCAUAUUAAGGACAGGACAAUGCAGUUGAAUAAUUAACCAAUUCCUGGAUGUUGGUGUAUUAUUCUGAUUAAAAAACAGUACACUUUGUAAAUUGAAACUGCAGAUAGGUAAAAUUUUGUUGUGGCAAGACUAUCAGAUUAAUUUUAUAACAGCAACUUUAGACAUCUUUUGUAUGAAAAGUAAAACAACUUGUAGUGGUAGAUACACUUUAUAUUAUUGAGUUUCAUAAGUUGUUGAUAAAUAAAAAAAAUGCUAUUAUGAUAUAUUUUUUAUUUUUUGCUGUUAAUGGUAACGUUUUAUUUUGUACUAUUACUGGUUGUCUCACAACCUUUUUGCCUCAUGAUAAUGUGCAAAAUGAUAUUGAUUUUUUUGUUACUGUCAUUGGUCUACCACCAAAAUUGACUGAUGUGACUUCUCUGAGUGUCCUUAUUAGUUUGAGUGCUGUUCCAGGAUCUUUUUUGUAUUUUCACUGAGAAGCUGCUCGGGCAACAUCAGUAUCAGUGAUCCAACAUUAGCUUUAACACAGAGUGGCUGUGUUUUUUCACACUUGUGAUUUUUCUUGAGGUUAAUACAAAUAUAAAUUGUUGACUAACCUCAUAGUUAUCUAGUGUAUCUUAAAACUUUUUGGCUGGAAGAGGAGGUUUGUGAUACACUUCAUUGACAGAUUGGUUAAGCACUUCAUGUGAUUGUUAAUAGAGCUUGCUUACACUGCAUCUAGGAGUCGAUCCACUCCUCGCACCAGCCUGCCGAAUUUAGUCAUGAUGUAGUGAGUACCAUCAUGAGCUGAAUUUUUAUUUUUACAUGAAUAGACAGUGAUAUUGUAGGAGUUAUAAAUGAAACACUUAUGUGGAGGCAAUCCUGCUGAUAACCUAUAGAUUGUUAAAGAUAUUGCUUUGAAAUUGUAUGUAUAGUAUUUGUACUUGGUCGUACACCAUAUAGGUUUCAUUGUGUUAUUUAUUAUGCUGUUUGAGAAUUACCCUCUCACUUAAUUUUCAUCCUUGUUAGCAUUUCGUACUUCACUCUCUUGAUCUUUGAGAGACCUGUACCAAUAGGAUGAGACUGACAAUUUUGUAUUUAAUUUUUUUAACUCGCUAAACGAAAGCUAGAGAGAAAACAAUUAUGUUACAGUACUGAUACAG